AUCUUUCGUAGUGAUUACGAGUGCGUUAGUAAUACUGUCCACUAUUAUGGACUACAUAUACAACGACGACGACAACCAAUUGGGAAGACUAUCACUGAUUGUCAAAUCAUUUUCACCGCAAAGAAAUUUAAGCGAUUUCUUCGCUGAUAAACAACAGCCAAAAAGCGAUGAUUUCGUUGACUUGAGUUACUUUGACUUUUUGAAAUCAUAUAUUAUUGAACGGUUUACUCUCGUUUCCGUUAAGCAUAUGACAACAUUGACAUUGGGCGCAGAUUUUGCCUCUCAAAUCAUGAUGAAUGCGGCCGUUUUUAUUGAGCUAGUGUUUUUCAUGAGCGGAACUCUGGCCGCAAUAUCUGGCCUUAAAUACUUUGAGAGCCGACAUAAAGUGCCUUUUAGUUUAUAUAUUAUCAGUCGAGCGGUUCGUGUCGUUCCCGUAUUAUUGAUAACAAUAGCAUUUAACAUACUAUUUGUAUACCUGGGCUCCGGACCGACGUUUAAAUAUUAUUACGAUGAUCAAAUUGCCAAUUGCGACCGAGCGCUUUGGCAAAAUUUAUUAUUUAUUCACAAUUGGUAUCCCGUGCCGGAACAGUGUGCCUAUUCAACAUGGUUUAUAUCGGCUGAGAUGCAACUGUUUUUACUAUCGUAUUUCGGGCUCACAUUAUUGGCAAAGCGCUGUAAAUACGGAGUUAUUUAUUCAGCAUUUUUUAUAGCCCUGGGAAUGAUAGUGCCCGGAAUUUUGACCGCUUAUUACAAUAUCCCACCGCCUAUUAUCCGGACAAUAAAUGAAGGCAUAUUGGACGAAGAACAAAAAGCGCAUAUAUACCAUUGUUCAACAUAUUCCCAUUUGACCGAAUACUUUAUGGGAUUAUUAACCGGUCCGGCCAAGAUAUUUACCAUAUUUCAAUAUUUGGGAAACAAGCGCCUAAGUAAAUUGUGCUUUGCGGCCACCAUGUGUCAGGCCGAGUACAUAUUAAUAGGAGUCCCAUCUAAAAUCAAAGCA